GUGCCCCUGCCUUCGUCCACGACCUGUGCUGGGGACAUGAAAAUGGCAGACGGUUUUUCGCUUAAUGAUGCCUUAUCUGGGUCUGGAAAACCAAACCCUCAAGGUUGGCCUGGUUCAUGGGGAAACCAGCCUGCUGGGGCAGGAGGCUACCCAGGAGCGGCCUAUCCUGGCCCCUACCCCGGACAAGGACCUCCUGGGGCCUACCCCGGACAAGGACCUCCUGGGGCCUACCCCGGACAAGGACCUCCUGGGGCCUACCCUGGACAGGGACCUCCUGGGGCCUACCCUGGCCCAACAGCACCUGCUUAUCCUGGACCAACUGCACCGGGUGCCUACCCCGGACCUGGGGCCUACCCGCCUCCUGCACAGCCAAGUGCCCCUGGAGCCUACCCUGCCGCCAGCCCCUAUGGCGUCCCUUCUGGACCCCUGAAUGUGCCUUAUGACCUGCCUUUUCCUGGAGGAAUCAUGCCUCGCAUGCUGAUAACAAUCCUGGGUACAGUAAAGCCCAAUGCAAACAGACUUGCUUUAGAUUUCAAGAGAGGGAAUGAUGUCGCCUUCCACUUUAACCCACGCUUCAACGAGGACAACAGGAAAGUCAUUGUUUGCAAUUCAAACCUGAAUAAUAACUGGGGAAAGGAAGAAAGACAAAUGGUUUUCCCAUUUGAAAGUGGUAAACCUUUCAAAAUACAAGUGCUGGUUGAACCUGACCAUUUCAAGGUUGCAGUCAAUGAUGCUCACUUGUUGCAGUACAAUCAUCGGGUGAAAAAUUUUGGGGAAAUCAGUACGCUGAGAAUUUCUGGUGACAUAACUCUCACCAGUGCUUCACACACUAUGAUAUAA